AUGGCGCAGACAAUCCAGGAAUUGCUGGCUACAAAGCCUUCCGGACAUUCACAACAAACACAAUAUGUCGACACGGUAGAAGCAUAUGAUAAAUGGGCCGAGGUCUACGACACAGACGGAAACUUCCUCCAACGCCUCGACACAAUCGAGAUGCGCACUCUACUACCCCAAUUCAUCGACCGGGUAAACAAGCGCUUCCAACCAAGCCCACCAGAGACGGAGUCAGAGACCGAGACCAAGGCAAUCCGCCCCAGCCUAGUAGAUCUAGGCUGCGGUACUGGCCGCAACACAAUCCAACUCCUCUCCGCGCUAAACACAGCCAACAAAGCCACCUCCUUCUCUGUAAUCGGACUGGAUGCCUCGCGCGGGAUGUUAGAUGUAGCGCGGACUGCGAUACGCGAGUAUGCGACGAAAAGCGCAAUACAGAUGGACGUUGAGUUUGGGAUUUUUGACCUCCUUCAACCCGAGCUACCAAAGACACAACUUCCGUCUUCGUUGUGUGAACCGGGGGCUGUGGGUGUGAUAUCUACACUCGUGCUGGAACAUAUCCCGCUUGAGCGGUUUUUUGCCGCUGCUGCGGGGAUUAUGAGGUCCGGUGCGUAUUUGCUUGUGACGAAUAUGCAUGCUGAGAUGGGAAUGCGGAGUCAGGCGGGGUUUACGGAUGAGAGGGGGGUUAAGGUUCGGCCUACGAGUUAUUGUCAUGCUAUUCCUGAUGUUUUGGAUGCUGCUGUUCAGGCUGGGUUUGCGGUUGAGGAGAUUGUUGGUGCGGGUACGGAUGAGGUGGUUGUUAGGGGGGUUGAUGAGGAAUUGGGGAAUGUUUUGGGGGCGAGGGCGAAGAAGUGGGUUGGAGUUAGGGUCUGGUUUGGGGUUUGUUUUGUUAAGAGGUAA